AUGUUAUCGACAAUAUGGUGGUCGGUAUUAGGAUUAGUUCUGAUAUCGAUUCAUACUGUUCAAAAUCAGAUAAUGCAGUCAAGUUUGAAUUUACAAGCGCCCGGACUUGAUUUUUUACCAGCAAAUCCGGUUGAACUAAUCACCACUUAUACUGGUAUGAACUCCUUUCUUUUAUGUUAUAUCCAAUGUAACAUGAAUCCAUUAUGCCGCACUUUUGUCAGUGACAUCGUAUUACCUCCUGUCUGUCGCCUAUAUGAAGGAUCGAUCCAUACAGGAAUUAUUGUUAAGUGUUCAUCAUUAACAUCUCGUGUUGGUGGUCUUUAUUAUUAUCCAUCACUUUAUGAUGUGUACAAUCAAAUAUGUGAUCCGCAUGUAUUACCAUCUAAUCGUUACUUAAUAUGUGUUGACAAUGUAUGGCAAUGUCCAACAACUACAUUCUGGAAUGGUUCAAUGUGUUUAAAUCAAAUCUAUUAUGGUGAUUCAUGUACAAUGAAUGAAGCAUGUCGUCAAGACAUUGGUCUUCAAUGUUCUUCAGAUUGUCAGAAAUGUAUAUGCAAUUCGAGAGCUUCUUGGAACAAUAUAUCAUGUGUCAUCGGUCAAACAGUUUGUCCAAGUUCGAAACCAUCUGAUCCAUGUGUGGCAGCCUAUUGGCCACUAGAUGAUAAUGCCAAUGAUCUCACUAAUACACAUAAUGGUACAUUCGUUGGAAAUCUAUCAUUUACUAUGGGAUACAUAGAUCGCGCUAUACAGUGUUCUGGUACAGCAUAUAUUAACACAUCUUACAUUGAUUUUUAUCGUCGAAAUUUUACCAUUGAAUUUUGGUUCUAUAUUAAUAAUCGCACGAGUGCCAAUAUAGGUUUAUUAGGCGAAUGUAUGCAUGGUAAUACGGACACGUGUCUUCAUUUUGGACUUUGGGGUGGUUCAGCACCAUACAUGGGAUUUUAUAAUGAUGACAGUGCAGGUUCCAGCAGUAUUGUAAAUUAUCAGUGGUAUCAUAUUGCAUUCGUCUACGAUAAUACUGCUAGACAACGUCAAAUAUAUGUCAAUGGGUUGCUAGAAAAUAUCACUUUGCCUAAUUCACUCUCUCCUAGUGGUUACCUUGGUCAAUCUGGUCAAAUAAUAAUCUGUAAAUCAAUUCAUUGGCCAUUAAACUCUAUAACUUACAUGGAUCAAAUACUUGUUACACAACGAGCAAAAACUACUAAUGAAAUCUUGAAUGAUGCCACUCUUAUCGCUUAUUAUUCAUUUGAUUGUGGUUCUAUUCUUGAUUCAGGUCUAAAUCUUCUUCAAAGUAUUGCAGUUGGACAAACAAUGAUCAAUGGUCGAGUGAAAGAUGCUCUCUUAUUCAACUCAACAAGUGCUUAUUUUCGAACAUCAUCUUUUAUGACUUUUGGUAUUGCUAAUCAAUCAUUUUCGAUUGCUCUUUGGGUGAAACCGAUGAAUCUUCGUGGUAUUCUUGUGCAUAUAUCCAAUCAAUCAACUGGUGAUGGAUGGUGUAUGCCAUUACUAGGCUUCAAUUCAUCUGGCAUUCUCAUUGCACAAAGUUCAUCUUUGAUAAUUGUGGUUUCUACAUUUCCAUUAAAUGUUUAG